AUGACAUCUCUCUUGCUUCGAUCCACUUUGCUUUUGUUGGCAUGCAGCUCUGUUUCGGCUAGUCCCACUGGGGCAUCAGCUUGUCCCGGAGGAGAGGCUGCUGUGGGAUCAACUCACAUCACUGCUGCCGAUUUGAAAAACGGCACCUUGGAGGAAUCUCCUCAGGGUUUGAAGGUUCAGCUCAAUGGUGCCGACUUGGUCCCUGGCACACCAGGCAUCUUUAACGCCGGAGAAGAGGCUGAGAUCGCCUUGGUUGGAACGGCAGAUUUCAAGGGAUUUCUAUUUCGCUUUGAUGCUGAGCUUCUCUCUGAUGUUCUCAUUAGUUUUGGAACUCCAGAAGCCGAGACUGCUGAGAUCCAACCUGCCUCUGUGUGCACAGGACGACCUUCUGGAAUGACUCAUACCAACAACAAUCCCAAAUCCACUACGACAUUUACUGUUGAGGUGGAAGCACCAGUACCUGAUAUGACUUUGGAUGUGACGGUUGUUAUUGUCAACAGUGCAGGUGUAUCGGAGUACUACUACACUGAAUACAUGCUCAGUGCUGACGCUGCUCCGGAAGGAGAUGAUGGUGAUGCUGCUGGAGAUGCCAAUGCGACGGCACCUGAGGAACCGAUGGAAUCAGAACCUGCCCCCGCAGAUGGAAAUGGCACCACUGCAGCACCAGAUUCUUCUAGCACCACAGCACCAGAUUCUUCUAGUACCACGGCACCAGAUUCUCCUGGUACCACAGCACCAGAUUCGUCUGCCACCAGCAUUGUGACUACUGGAUGGGUGACAACGUUUAUUGGAGGGCUCUUUGCCAUGGUGAUUAUUCCAAGUCUUUCACCUGUGAAGUUUUCUAUGGUCGUGUAA